AGCGGCUAGACCAUUAUAACGACGCGGACCUCAGGACAUGGCAACAGAGGUACUUUGUAAAUGACACAUUCUUCAAGCCAGGGGGACCUGUAUUCCUAAUGAUUGGAGGAGAGGGCACAGCUAACCCCUUAUGGAUGGUGACUGGGACUUGGAUUGAAUAUGCAAAGGAGUUCAAAGCUCUAUGUCUCAUGCUGGAGCAUAGGUACUACGGAAAGAGCCACCCUACUGAAGACACCAGUGUUGAGAAUCUUCAGUACCUCAGUAGUGAGCAGGCCCUAGCUGACCUGGCAUCCUUCCGUAACUACAUGGUGGAGAAAAUGGGCCUAACUGAUAACAAGUGGAUCACGUUUGGUGGCUCAUACCCAGGUUCCCUGUCUGCCUGGUUCCGUCUGAAGUACCCCCAUCUGGUAGCAGGAGCAGUGGCCACCAGUGGGCCUUUACUUGCUGAGCUGGACUUUGUGGAGUAUGUAGAGGUGGUUAGAGACUCCUUGGCUACCACUGGCCCUGAGUGUACCAAGAACAUCCAGGAAGCCACUGAAUCAGUGAAGCAGAUGCUGAAAACACAGGAGGGAGUGAAGGAUCUCAGCAAGCUCUUCAAACUCUGCUCACCCCUGGAUGUAAAUGUUGCAAAUGAUGUGGCAAACUUCUGGAGUACAAUAUCUGGGAACUUUAUGGGUGUGGUACAGUACAACAAGGACAACAGGGAGUUUGAGGGUGCAGUGGGCACAAACAUCACCCUGGAUGUCCUGUGUAGCAUGAUGAAUGACAUCUCCAUGCCAUUGGUGGACAGGUAUGCAGCUGUCAACAGCCUCAUGAUGAAGACAUAUGAACAGAAAUGUCUGGACAUCUCCUACACUGCCAUGAUUAAGGAGCUCCGUGAGACAUCUUGGGAGAGUGCAGCAUCAGAAGGAGGUCGCCAGUGGAUCUAUCAAACAUGUACAGAGUUUGGAUUCUACCAGACUUCAGACUCUCCAAACCAGCCCUUUGGGGAUGGAUUCCCACUCAGCUUCUCAUUACAGCAAUGUUCUGACAUCUAUGGGCCUCAGUUCAACCAGUCUACACUCAUGGAAGGCAUAAAGAGAACAAACACCAACUAUGGAGCUUUGAAAAUUGCUGGAACGAAGAUUGUCUUCCCAAAUGGGUCGAUUGAUCCGUGGCAUGCCCUGGGAAUUACCAAAGACCCAGAAGGCACAGACUUACAUGCCAUCUACAUAAAAGGAACUGCACACUGUGCCAACAUGUACCCAGCCAGGUUUGGGGACCCUCCUGAGCUGCAACAAGCAAGGGAAACCAUCAAAGGCUACAUCCAAAACUGGCUGAGCCAGUGAACCAGGCAAAUGAGCUGAAGACUUUAUGGUACAAGCUGGCUGUGCCUGCUGCUCAUACCAGCUAUAAGGGUCUUAAACAGCAUCAUCAUAGAGAAAAAAUCCUUUAGCACUGAAAUGAAUAAAUGGUUGAUGGUUUAACAGAACUGAAAUACAGAUGUAUAGAUGUUAAAAAGAAAUGAAGUUAAGAGGCUUGGCACUCCACAAGUAUUUCCUAAAUUCUUUAAUGAUCUAAUCAGUUACAUGUGAUCUGCAUUUUGCUUUCUUUUUUUCUUUAUUUGCUUUCUCCUUUUUCACAGAUGAUUGGCUGUACCAGACUCAACUCCCGGUAUUCCGUAGACUGUAAUGAUUUUGUAGUGAAUAUCUUAAAGAAAUGAAAAUAAGAGAUGUAUAUUCUACACAGAUUACUUUUCUUUAGUUUGACAUGUAUAACUACUUCCCAAGUACACUUCCAUAUAUACCAGUACUUUGGUUCACACAGACAUAUAACAUGACAGUGUAUAUCACUUUGGUCUAACUGGCUCAACAGUUUGACCCUAGCAUUUUUGGCAUUUUUUCCCUCUGUGGUAUCCAUAUAUGUAUAGGUACAAUUUAUUAUGAUUAUCAAUUUGCAGCUCAAACUAAACAUCCUUAAAGCACUACACAAAGCCAAUUUUCUGGUCAUCUGACUAUACAUUUUUACAAACCAAAGUUGGGAAAGUCAAUAUAAGUCUUUGCGAUAGAGGAUAGAUCUGGAGCUAGAACAGGAUAAACUCUAGACUCACUCGAAAAUCAGCACCAGCCUAGGUUGGGAGGAAAGUAUGGGAAGGUCCUAAAUGUGUGAUGGUCUUCACACUCUGGCUUGUACAUCUAAGUUGUAUGCUGGGUAAGAAGUUUAAUGUGAAACCUUUUAAACUAUAUAAAGGUGGUUGGUUGAAUGACUGUCUUGUUUCUGGUACAAUGGACUGUCUUGUGUUCUUGGUUUAAUAUUUUUAAUCUCACUUGUAUGUAUACAUAUUACUUUUGUAAGGCAUUUUGAAUACACUAAAUUCACAUUUAGCUAUUCAACUGAAAGCCUUUAGGAGUACAAAUGAUGAUAAGGGAAAUGCUGGCCGCCAAUGCUUCC